AUUGUUAUAACUACGGCGAAUAAGCGAGAAAAAUAGAGCGAAUUAGAGGAAUUAUGAAUAAAUCCUGAUGAAUAAAAAAGAAAUAUAAAUGAUCAUUCCUGUACAAAGAACUAGAUAAUUUAACAACUUAAAUAAAAUGUACUAUCACUAAAAAUUAUUUUAAAUAUGCAUACGUGUGUGUAUUAUUAAUUGAAAAAUAUACGCCGCCUAACAUUUAAAACGCAUACCAAAUUUGAUUUUUCAAUGCAACAGUGCGCUUUUAGAAUGAGAUGGUUAGCUAGGCGUCGUAUUACUUUUCACUCAUCCACCAUUGCUGAGUUUGUCAAAGAAAGAAGAAAAUUAUCCACAAAUCUUUGAGGUAUAUGCAAAUUUCAUUCCACGUUGAAUUGCAAAAAUCAAUAAGUAAAAUAACUAUUAGUGUUACAAUAUUACGAAAAAAACGAUUAUUGAAUAUUUUCUUUAAAGGAACUAAUAAGUUGAGAAGCAGAAAUACAUUCAUUGAAGCAAAGCAUAAGCGCAGACUGCGCUACAUAUAUAGUGGAAAACAGAUGAAAAUUAUGGCUGACUUGGACGCAGUACACUUAGGAUUAGACGAAAAUGAAGCAGAUAUAGCCGAAGAGCUACAAGAUUUUGACGAUUCAUUUGACACAAGGAGCGAGGCGUCAGAAUCGGGUUCGGAGUCUUCGGUCUCCCAGCCUAGUAUUAGUUCUGUGAGUACGACUAUAUCGUCCAUCGGUGAAAAACGUAAAAAUAAGACCAAAAAAAAAGCUAGUAAAGAGAAUGAGAAGAAAGCAACUACGAAGCGCACAUCUUCGCCGGCGGUCGGGACUGUGAACGGAAAGAAUUCUGUCGUUGGUAAGAAAAAACGAAGUAACGAAGAAUCAUCAAAUAAAGACGAAUCGUCAACUAAAACUUCAGAGAGUAAAGGUACCAGCAGUAAAGAAAAGAAAUCGCAAAAAAAAGCUAGCAGUUCUAGCAAAAAUUCGACUGCUUCAGUAGCCAAUAGUAAUGGGCCGGCAAAUACAAGUAGUGGGUCUGUAUCGGCACACGCCAAUACCAGUGGUAAUAAAAGUGAAGCCAGUGAUGCAGAAGACAAGCCUACAACGAAAACACCAUUUGACAGCGAUUCUGAAUCAGAGGACUCUGAUUCUGCAGCAAAUAUUAAACGUAAUGGACGAAAAGCGAUAUCUAAGAGUGCUUCUCCCGAAAAGAAAACACAAAGUGGUUCGAAUACUGGUACUGGUGGCAAAUCGUAUGAUUAUAUGACUAAACUGAACUACUUGUUUCGAGGUACUCAUUUUUUCCUUAUAAAAUCAAACAAUGCAGAUAAUGUUGCCAUUGCAAAAAAUAAAAAUGUUUGGGCUACAUUACCACAAAAUGAAGCAAAUCUCAAUCAAGCAUUCAAGGAAUCCCGGAAUGUUUUAUUAAUCUUCUCCGUCAACGAAAGUGGAAAAUUUGCUGGGUUUGCCCGCAUGAGUUCCCAGUCACGUAGAGAUCUUUCUCAUCCGGCAUGGGUUUUACCACCUAGCAUCUCUCCAAAGGCCCUCGGAGGUAUCAUUGAGUUGGAUUGGAUAUGCCGAAAAGAGUUGUCAUUUAACUGUACUUCUCACCUAUACAAUACGUGGAAUGAGAGUAAGCCGGUUAAAAUUGGACGUGAUGGUCAAGAAAUUGAACCCAAAGUAGGCUCAGAGCUAUGUCGCUUAUUCCCAGAAGAUGAGAAAAUCGAAAUGACACCUAUCUUACGAAAAUCGAAAGAAACUGCUAAGAUGAUGCGUGAAAAAGGAAUUCGUGUCUCCUAUCGACCACCGCGAAGUUUAUCUUCACGUGGUAGUCGCGGCGGUGGUGGUAGUGGUGGCAGUGGUUUUCCCAGCUACCGCCAAAGCGACCGUCGAGCUGGUGGUAGUGGUGGUCCAAUGCGACAUAGGCGUACAUUUAGUUCCGGACCACAUCGCCCUUAUAAACUUCCACCCCUCGGAAUGCCACCGGGUGGCGGUUUUAAACGCUCAUCCUCACCAUACCGCAGUAGUGGUAGCGUUGGUGCGGGUGGAAGUGGAGGAUCACGCGCAGGUGGAGGCGAUACCGGUUUGCCAUCAUGGGAUCGGUAUAUGAAUUCUGCCGAAGCAUACAUGGUUGAUUACAUGCGCUCUAUGCAUGGACAACUGCCUCCGUUACCGUUCGUACCGCCAUUUGCGCAACUUCCACUUUCUGCUUCCGGCUCGGGUGCCUUACCGCCACCAGGUCCGCCAUCAAUGUACGACCAAUUACCUCCACCAGUGCGUUACUAUGAUGGACCACCACUGCCAGAUUAUCCUCCACCUCAACCAAUCAGGCCUCCACCACCUGGUUUUGACAAAGCACCAUCCUAUGAAGACUUCGCAGCUUGGAAAAAUGCCGGUUUACCCACUCUACCAGAUGGUAUGCCACCAGGGUUCCCGAGUUUUGGCAGCAGUGCUGGGACGUCAGCUUCCAAUGGCGGUAACAGUGGUAUUGGGGGCUCCAGCUCUGUCGGAGGUGGUGGUGGUUUUUCAAGUUCUACUAAUGCUAUUAAUGCAGGCAACACAUCAGGUGGCCCUAACAGUUUUCGUAGCAGCAGCCAACGUUCCAACAACUCAAAUAUGAUGCGUCCACGUGAACGAGCUGGUGGUCGUGACUAUCGUGGACCCAGCGGCGGUGUAGGUGGUGGCGGAUCACGUAGCGGUGGAAACGAUAGACAUUUCCGUGCUGGUGGUGGCAGCAGCGGUGGAGCGCGUAAUUAUCGUGAUGGUAGACGUUAAAACAACAAUGUGUCUAUAAAUGUAACAUACGCAACAAAGGUGUAAAGUGAAGUAUUUACGGGCAGACGAUUAUAAACGUCCUCCCAUUGUGAAUGCGAAACCCACAAAAGAAAGCAAAAUUGAUGAAGGUUUUGUGUGAAAAAGUGCGUCGAAAUUCUUGAAAAAAAAAAUAAUAUCCCGAUAAUGAACCUCUUUAAAUGCACCCCGUAACCUCUUCGUGUUCGAACUAUAUAAUCGGAAUGAAUGUGUGUCGGAAAACGAGUGAGGUUUUGAGCUGCAUGCGAGUAACAUAUUCAAGUGCGACUACUAAGAUCUUAAAUAUAACGCUCUUUUAAUUAAUUAAUACCGGGUAAAGUGAUUGCAAGUUUAGGCAAAAAUUAAACAUACAAAGGGAUUUUAAAAUCCCUCGAAUAUAAAGUGUAUAUGUAUUAAAUCAUAAAAGGUCAUAUAGACAUCGAUAGAAACAAAAAAAUGACGCAUAUGUUAAUUACUUUUUAGUUGUUUUAUCAUUAACAACUAAUUUAGUCGAAACAUAUAUUUUCAGCAAUAAGUCAUUCGUUUUUCAAUUGGGAUUACAAGUGAAAAUCAAAAAAAGCAACAAAAAAAAAAUGUUAAAAAACAUUUUAUUUAUAUGAAUUCAAUGAACAGCCAUUUUUGCCGUUCUAACUCGAAUGCUAAAGUUAUUAAACUUAAAUUGCAAUGCAAAAACCUCAGUUCUUAAUACAUCAUUGCUGGCAUUGUUAAAUAUUUACAUAUUUUAUUACAAAUAUCGUACUUGCAGUCCCAAAUUAUGAAAAUGAUAUCAAUAAAUGUAUUACUUCAGUUUUGUUCGCAUAAAUUAUAAAAGAAAAGAUAUAUAUUAUUGACUAAAGUUAAUUUUAAAAAGUACAUGAUUAAAUUAUAACACACUGUGUCGCUGUACAACAAAUGCAAUUCCAUGGUAAAAGGAAUGAAAAGUUGACAAACUUUUUCAAUUAUAAAUACAAUGCAUUACAUACUAUAUAAUUUUAAA